AUGGUCAAAGGUGGUGAAAAGAAAGAAAGAAUUGAAAAUGGGUUUUGAUUUCAAAAAGUUACACUUAAAAAAAAAAAUGUUGCUGCACCGAAAUAUAGCGUGAAGUCCUUGAUCAAGCACGUGAAAUUCUUAAGCUAUUCAUGUCCCAAUCACAUGAUAUAUAGAAUUAUGGUUGGAGUUCUAGACCUUCAUCUAAUAAAACCAUAAAAAUUCAUGCAAGUUGUUGGAACUCCCUCCGAGCUGCCUGUUUUCUUUUCUUCCCACCACUCAAGUCUCUGAUAGCCUUCAUAAAUUUUGUUGCCUGGGAUAACCAUGUGAGUCACUGCUCUAUGUUAUCCGUGACUUUUGUUGCCCUGCUACGGACAAAUUUUUAAUAUGUUUUUCUACCUUCUCUGUCAUUCCACCGCACGCCACAAAUUGUGGUAUCCAAAGUCCAAGAAUGCCUAACCCCAAUUUGCUCACGAAAAUUACGCAUAUCUCAAGACUUUUUUUUGGGGGAUGGUUAAAAGUGAAACACUUUCUUAGCUGCAAAAAUGCUAAAACCCUUGGAAAAAAGAAAAGAAAAGAAAAACACAAGACAAACUUAAGACGCACGAGAUGUUACGGUGAGAAUUUUGCUUGUCUCUACUGUGUCCUUUUGUUUCUCCGUCGUGCCUUUCAGGUUCCUCAUAUCCAAUAGUUUGGAUAAAGUUCCUUUGUCCCCACAAACUAGCGUCCCAUUUGGCGCAAUAAAUCCCGUGAAAAAGCAUGACGCUUUCUCUGUCCUCUAACGGCCAACGAACCUAUCAACUACCUUGUACUUCUUCUUCUUCUUGUCUAUAAAUGUCUGUUCUCAGCUCUCUGCAUUCCAAUUCACUCAUCUCUGAGCCCCAGUUGCCUUACUUCAUACAAAUACUAUUACCUGCUUCGGCAUUCUAGGCAGCCCAUAUAAUCAAAAUGUCUCAUUCACCUAAAAUUUCCGUAAUAAUGCAUGUUUUAUUCUUGACUCUUUGCUCUGCCUCUUUAUGUUGCUAUGCAUUCACUGCUCAAGAAUACUCUGAUGCGCUUGAAAAAUCCAUCCUCUUCUUUGAGGGACAGCGCUCUGGGAAAUUGCCAUCUAAUCAGAGGCUCAAAUGGAGGGGAAACUCUGGCUUGUCUGAUGGCUCCUCUUAUCAUGUGGACCUAGUAGGUGGAUACUAUGAUGCCGGAGAUAAUGUCAAGUUUGGACUCCCAAUGGCCUUCACCACUACAUUAUUGGCUUGGAGUGUUAUUGAGUUUGGUGACUCAAUGCAUGGCCAAAUUGAGAAUGCCAGAGCAGCCAUUCGUUGGAGCACAGAUUAUUUUCUAAAAGCAGCCACUGCAACCCCUGGAACCUUAUAUGUCCAAGUGGCAGAUCCUAACAUGGAUCACCACUGUUGGGAGAGGCCGGAAGACAUGGAUACUCCACGCAAUGUGUACAAGGUGUCCGCUCAAAAUCCAGGUUCUGAUGUUGCAGCAGAGACUGCUGCUGCAUUGGCUGCAGCUUCAAUUGUGUUCAGAAGCUCUGACCCUUCUUAUUCAUCAAAAUUGCUUCAAACGGCCAUGAAGGUCUUUGAUUUCGCAGAUAGGCAUAGAGGUUCUUACAGUGACGCUCUCAGUUCAGUUGUCUGCCCAUUUUACUGCUCUUAUUCAGGAUACAAUGAUGAACUACUUUGGGGAGCGUCUUGGAUUCAUGCAGCCUCGCAGAACGGUUCAUACUUGGAUUAUAUCAGGUCCAACGGCCACACGUUGGGUGCAGAUGAUGAUGAUUACUCCUUCAGUUGGGAUGACAAGCGAGCAGGAACAAAGGUCCUUCUUUCCAAGAGCUUUUUAGAGAAAAAUACAGAGGAAUUCCAAUUAUACAAAGCACAUUCAGAUAACUAUAUAUGCUCUCUAAUUCCAGGGACACCAAGUUUCCAAGCCCAAUAUACUCCGGGUGGUCUUCUCUACAAAGGAAGUGCGAGCAAUCUGCAGUAUGUAACUACCUCAGCAUUCCUCCUCCUUACAUACUCCAAGUAUCUGAACUUGAAUGGAGGAGCUGUGAAGUGCGGGACCUCAACAGUAACAGCAGAUAAGCUCAUCUCACAAGCCAAAAAGCAGAUUGACUACAUUUUAGGUGACAAUCCAGCAAAAAUGUCUUACAUGGUGGGGUUCGGUGAGAGGUAUCCGCAGCGUAUCCACCAUAGGGGUUCGUCUGUACCAUCUGUACAUGACCAUCCUGAUCAUAUUGCCUGCAACAAUGGAUUUCAAUACCUCUACUCUAGCUCACCAAAUCCAAAUGUCCUUGUUGGUGCCAUAGUUGGUGGCCCUGAUAGCAAGGACAAUUUCUCUGAUGAUCGGAAUAACUAUCAGCAAUCCGAGCCAGCUACAUACAUCAAUGCUCCUUUUGUUGGUGCUGUUGCUUUCUUCUCAGCCAACACUCACACGAACCAGUAAUCUCACCACUGAAACCAGAGGAAGUGGUUUUACAUAGAAAAAAAAAAAAAAAUAUAUAUAUAUAUAUAUAUGUCUCCUCUCUUGACAGAGAAGUUGUAUGAGAUAUUAUAGAGUUAACGUUGAAAUUCGGUUUGGUAAUCUAAAUCAUGCAUUACCGA